AUGGCGCAGAGAGAUCAGCUGGACCAAGAAACCUUCUCUUGUUCGAUCUGUCUGGAUCUACUGAAGGAUCCGGUGACUACUACCUGUGGACACAGCUACUGUAUGAGCUGCAUUAAAUCACACUGGGACGGAGAGGGUCAGAGGAAGAUCUACAGAUGCCCUCAGUGCAGACAGACCUUCAGACCGAGGCCUGUCCUGAAGAAAAACACCAUGUUAGCAGCUUUAGUGGAGCAGCUGAAGAAGACUGGACUCCAAGCUGCUCCUGCUGAUCACUGCUAUGCUGGACCUGAAGAUGUGGCCUGUGAUGUCUGCACUGGGAGGAAGGUGAAAGCCUUCAAGUCCUGUCUGACGUGUCUGAUGUCUUACUGUGAGAAUCACCUCCAGUCUCACUUUGAAUCAACCAAAUUAAAGAAACACAAGCUGGUGGAGCCCUCAGAGAAGCUCCAGGAGAACAUCUGCUCUCAACAUGAUGAGGUGAUGAAGAUAUUCUGCCGUACAGAUAAGAAGUGUAUCUGUUAUCUGUGCACUAUGGAGGAUCAUAAAGGCCACGACACAGUCCCAGCUGCAGCAGAAAGGACUGAGAGGCAGAGAGAGCUCGAGGUGAGUCGACUAAACAUCCAGCAGAGAAUCCAGGACAGAGAGAAAGAUGUGAAGCUGCUUCAACAGGAGUUUAAGGGUGAUGUCAUCGGUUCUGCUCCAAUAGCGUGGAGGCAUGCGACUUGUCACGGCCUGACGGGACGACUGAAUGAAUGUUUGAACAGCGCCGGUAGCAUGAAAUCCCGACAUGUGUGA